AUUAUUCUUAUUUGUACACACGAUGAUGAAUCGAUGACUGAUCGUCGUUCAUUGUGUUUUGAUCAGUAGUCGCAUUCGUACACGUUUAUUAUACGAAUCAGGUAUCUACAGCUGUGCAGUGAAAUACAGACAACAUGAAGAUGAUUUUAUUUUUUAAUUUAAUAAUAUUUUUUAACGUGUUCAUUGCUACGAUCUCCUCUUCAAAUGCGUAUAUUCCAGACGCAUCGUUAAGUGUGCCAAAAAUAAUUAAACGCCACGGUUAUCCGUCUGAAACUCAUAUCGUAGAUACGAAGGACGGAUAUUUAUUGGAAGUUCAUAGGAUACCGCACGGAAAAAACAUUAAACAGUACAGAAAUUUUCCAGUGUUUUUACAACACGGAGUUGUAGCUAGUUCUGCCGACUGGAUAAUUAAUGGACCCAAGAAAGCAUUAGCUUAUCAGCUAGCGGAUAAUGGUUUCGACGUGUGGUUAGGAAAUUCAAGAGGCAACACGUAUUCUCGUACUCAUAAAAGCCUCAGUCCAGAUAGCGAAGAAUUUUGGAAUUUUAGUUUUCACGAAAUGGGUAUCUAUGAUUUACCGGCCACCAUUGACUACGUUCUAGAACGCACUAACCGAAGUCAAUUAUACUACAUCGGCCAUUCGAUGGGAUCUUGUAUGUUUUUUGUCAUGUGUUCUAUGCGUCCAGAAUAUAAUUAUAAAAUACGAGCACAAAUAAGUUUAGCUCCAGUGGCUUACGUUCAUCACAUGACUUCUGUUUUAAAUAGUUUAGUUCCGUACGCAACCCAAAUACAAAAAGCUUCAAAUUGGGUUUCAAAAGGUGCGUUUUUACCACAAAAUGCUGCCAGCAAAUUAGUGAAUAAAUAUUUGUGUGGUGAUAACGCUAUGAAUUCGGCGUUAUGUAAAAAAUAUAUCGUUUACAAAAUGUUUGGGGAAGAUUCGGUUCAAUUUGAUAUGGUAAAUUGGUUAAAUACCUACAUACCUACCAAAUGUGAAAUUGAACAAAUACAACACAUACAUUUAGGAUGUUAUCUUCAACUUUUAAACCCUAAUACCAUGUAUAAACUUUUGUUAUAUCUUUUUUUUCCAGGCUUACUUCCUAUAAUAUUGGGUCACAAUCCAGCUGGCACAUCAGUAAAAACUUUAAUUCAUUUUGCACAAGAAAUCACUACAAAGAACUUCCAACAAUUUGAUUUUGGAAUAGAAAAAAACCUUGAGGUUUACAAUUGUUCACAUCCUCCAAAAUACAAUUUGAGCAAUGUAAUUGCACCAAUUGCAUUUUAUUAUGCUAAAAAUGAUAUACUAGCCGAUCCUUUAGAUGUGGUGGAGUUGUAUUCUCGUUUACCAAACAGAUUAGGAAUAAACCUCAUAAAAUUUGAUCAAUUCAACCAUGUUGAUUUCCUGUAUAGUAAAAAUGUUACUGAGAUGGUAUAUCAAAGUGUAAUGAAUACACUAUUUAAAGCUGAAUUUGCUGAUUGGAUACCAGAAAUUGAUAACACAACUGCAUUCAAUGUCUCAAGUGAUUAUAAUCAAUGUUAUGAUGAAAGAAAUGCAAGGAAAACAAAGAAUGGUUUUUGGCAAAAAAUUACUUCAUUUAUAAAAAGGAAAGAAGUAUAUCCGUUAAAAAAUUAUAUGGUAGAAGAUCAUGAAGAAAAUGUCAGAUCCAGGCACACAAUUAAAAAUGCUUGGAAUCAAACACAUUUUGAAUAAUAAUUUUAAUAUUUAAAAACAAUUAAUAUGUAUUUUUUUUUUUUAUUAUUGAAAAUGAAUUGUCUUGUUUUUAAAUGAAUUAAAAAUACAGAAAUUGUGUAAUUUAUUAAGUAUGUACAACUUAAACUAAGAACUUCAUUCACUUAUCUUGUUAAUGGAGUGAAAAAAUAAAAAAAUAAUUAAUUUUGCACUUCAUA